UGAUAGUACCUAUUUGUGUAAAUUGGUAUUAUUUCUUCUGUAAUCAUUAAAGCUAUAAACUUCUCUUGUCUAUGAUUAAAGCAUUACUGCUGUAUCGAUGUAACUAAUUAAUGUAAAAAAGUGUAGUUAAUUAUUAGUUAAUAUAAGUUGAUGAAAUCAGCAAGAGCUAGAUAUUUUUAUGGUAGCCCUAGGCUAUAUCCGUGUCAUAAAUAAUUUAAAGUAGAUUACUUAUUGAUUAAAUCUGGAAAUCUCAAAUACUACGUAAAUGUGGAAAGUUGGAACGUCGUUUAAUUUACUCAAAAUGGUAUUUAAAACGGACGAAAUGAAAUUAUUAACAUAUUAAGAUUAUUAUCAAAUGGGAAGAUGCUAGUGACCUGCUGGUAAUAAUAUCACAUGCAUUAGAAACAAAAAUACAAACUGCUAAGAAGAAACAACAAAAAAGCAUGCUUAUUCAAAGAACUGUUUAUGACAACAGUUAAAAAACCGUACUUGAAUGUUUGAUUUAAAACAGCGUACUUGUAACACCGUUUAAUAAUUGAGAACUAUUGAAUGUAAAGACCACGAUAUUUUACAUCUUAUUUUGUUUCUAUACAUACAUACAUAUAUAUCACUGCUUAGAAGGGGUGUACUUCUAAUAAACAUUCAUUUUCUGCAUUAUUUGAAUGUAUACAUUCGUUUCUAACAACAAUGGAUAUUAAUUUAAAAAGAAAGCUCUUGUAUGUUUAGUAGAUAAUAUACAAACGAGUAGAAAAAUCAGAGAUCAAAGCCUACUAUUAUUUGUAUACUUUUGAUGUUUAUAUAUAACCUUAAAAAAACAUUCAUUAGGACCUCAGUAUAACGGGUUGUCUACCUCUAAGUAAGUAAAGAAUCGAGCACCCCAGGUGAAUUUGGGUUACCCGUGUUAAUUAAUAAUAAUGGCUCGGAAACGACGUAGAGGAGCUUCUUCUGCCGGAAAACGUCAACCGAAAGUAACAAAAAGAUUACCUGAAAGUAACAACACGGAAAUUGUUUACGAGGGUUGCUCCGAUAAUUCCAAUGGAACGGUCUCGGCGGCAACAACAGAUCAGGCAUCAUCGUCUGAAAACUCGAAUUUGGAAAUGAAAAUUGUAACAGAAGGGGUACAUAAAAAAUUUGGUAAAUUUCGUUGUGUAAUUGAAGAAACAGAAGAUCCGUUGAAAAUAGAUAACACCCAGAAUGAGAUAGCAUAUGUAAACACUGAAGAAACCUUUGUUGACUCAGAGGUCAAACCAUUUUUAGAAAACGAAACGUUUGCAGUUGAAGAGGUGCAUACAUGCAGUAGUGAAGAUGUCUUAAAUGAAGAAAAUGUUGAAAUUAUUACAGUUGAAGAUAAUUCUAUUUCUUCAGAUCAGACUGGUACAAUAUAUAUAACUUUAGAUGAAAAUGAAAAAGGUGUAGGAUCUUUUAAAAAUACCAAUGAACAUUUUGUUAAGGAAAAUGAGAAACAAAAUGAUGACUUAUUGGAAAUAAGUAAUUUUGUCAAAAAUCAUGAAGAUAAUGGAAUAAUUGAAUGUAACAUUGUUAAUAAUGAAGGUAUCACUAUUAAUAAUGAUGAAUAUAUUGCUAAUAAUGAAGAUAAUGCUAUUAAAAAUGAAGAAAAUUCUGAUAAUAAAGAAACUAUUAUUGAUAGGGAAGACAUUCUUAAUACUGAAACUAUUAAUCAGGGAAUUGUAGCAGAGGAUGAUACAGAAGAAGGCAUUGUAUAUAUGCAUGAAGAAGAAUUGCAGCUUGAAGAAAUUGUAGAUAAUGAGGAAGAAUUAAAAAUUGCCAAUAAACUUUCAGCUUUAAAUGUUAAUGUAGAAAAUGAGAAUAUGGAUGUAAUUGAUAAUAAUGAUGAUUCACAAAAAUCACAUGAAAUUGUAUAUGACAUGGAAAAUCUUGGAUUUGAACUUACUAUUGAGUGUGGACCAGAAGAAGUUGUACCUACCGAGCAAGAAAUUGAAUAUGGAAAUGGAGACAAAAUGAAAGAGGUGAGUGAGUAGAUAUUAUUUUUUGAAACUUAAUUAGAUAGAGAAUCUCAUGAACCUUAGUAUUAGGUUGCGGAAUAAUAAAGCUCCGCCCUUUCAUUGAUUUCUACAUUUCUAACAAUAUUGGUUACUGUUGUUUGUAGUUUAUUUGAAGCUGAUUACAUAGCAACAUACGUGGUUAGCAGUUUAGUUAAUGUUUUCUAAUGUACAAUGAAUGGAAUAAUAAUGGAAUUUAAACUAGGGUUUGGAAUUGUAUUCCAAUUAUUUGAAUAUUGAAAUGUUUAUAUACUUUGGAAGGAUUAUUUAAAAUUAAAUAUGCAAACAUCCAAAUAUUUGAAUAUUCAAGCUUAAAUAUGCAUGGAUAUCCAAAUAUAUGGAUACUGAAACGCCUAUUUAAAUAUAAUGCUGCGUUUAUGUGGCUCUCAUAUAUUGGAAAUUACUCUAUUAAAUGUUUGUAUGCAGUUCUAAUUUUUUUAUCAAAUGUUAUAAUUUUUUUAAUAUUGAGUGAAUCACCAUAUCAAGAUUUUAGAUAUUCACAUAUUUGAAUAUUGAGAUAUAUCUAAUUAAAUAUUUACAAAUAUUCAGGUAGCAGAUAAUUUAAAUAUUCAAAUCAAACUAUAAACAAAUAUUGGAAUACUUAAUGUGAAAAGUUCCAUUCCCUAUUUUAAAUUACCUAUACGAUGUUUUUCCUUUUUAAAUAGCUUUUCAUACACUCCUCAAAAAGCCUUGUUUGAAUAUGAAAAAAACUGUUUGCAUAUUAUACUAAUGAUAUA